AUGGCAUACCAUCAAGAACUAGAACCAGAAAUCAUUGUACUUAGCCUGAACUCGGAGUCAAAUCAGAGAUUAUUGGAGGAGGCUUUUACAGAUUCAUCGUUUCCAGAUAAGCGCAUUUCUUAUGAGUGGUUAGAACAUGUUGGAGAUUCUGUGCUUAACCUUCUCUUCACCAAGGAAUACUACUUCAAGUAUCCGGAUUUGCCACCUGGUGCCUUGACCUGGCUCCGUGCCGCCAACGUUAAUACAGAAAAGCUCGCACAUGUGGCCAUCAAACACGGAUUGCAUCACUUUUUGCGUCACAAGAAACCCCUUCGUGAGGAACAAGUCCUUGCAGACAUUGUUGAAUCACUCAUUGGGGCUGUUUUCAUUGAUUGCAAUUCUUCAAUUGAUACAGUUUGGAAGAAUUUGUUAGAACCCAUAAUUAGUAGAGAAAUGCUCAAGAUGCAUCCAGUAACGGAGUUGUAUGACGAAUGUCAAAAGAAGCAUUUGAAAGUGAAAUUUGUGGAUUUGUGGAGAGAAAGCAUGGCUUUCGAUGUGUUCAUAAAUGAUCAGCUUGUGGGAAGAGGAACCUAUGUCCUCAAGAAAGAAAUUGCUCAUAAUAGAGCAGCCAAAGAUGCAUUAGACAACAUUGGAAGAAUAUUGGGCGAGAAAGACAGUACAGAUGAAUCAUGA